ACAUACAUUGCUACAUUACCAUGGUUUGUACAAGGUGUGAGAGCAAACUCUCAAACAGUAUGUUUCAAAAAAAUGUGGUACAGUGAACUUGUGGUGGUGUGGAAAUAUAGUUAUCAUCACUGUGAGGAAUUCGAUACAUUAAAAUUUUAAUAGACCCUGUGAGAGUUGAUAUAUUUCAAAGUGCUGCCGAAGACGAAAGCUUUUCAAUGUCUUGGUUGUGGAUCAAGGGGGACUACAUAAGACAUCCUGUCUUAUACGAACUUUCCCACAAAUAUGGCCUGCUCACGGAAAACCUUGUUGAAUCUCAGCUGCCAAGCAAACUGGAGGAGCUGAAGGAAAUAAUAAGGCGGGAAAUAAGGAAGGAACUAAAGAUCAAAGAGGGAGCCGAGAAGUUGAGAGGGGUCUCGACUGACCGAAAGUCACUAAGUCAUGUGGCUACAAUAGUGAAAAAUUCUAACUUCAAACUGACCGAGCUGAAAAAUGAACUCAGUGAACUAGAAUCCCAAAUUAUCCUUUCCCAAGGACAAAGUUCUCUCAAUUGUGUGCCAUCCAAUGGAGAUUCAGUCCAGUUUUCGCCAUUGGCAGCUCACAAUGUCGACAAGUGCAAUGCAAGUCUGUUCAGUAAAAUAGAAAAUUUAGAAAAACAGCUCAAUAUUGAGCUCAAAGUCAAACAGGGAGCCGAAAACAUGAUUCAAAGCAUCACGGGUAGAGAUAAGAAGUUGUUAAUAGAAGCUCAACAAAUGUUACAAGACUCAAAAAAGAAAAUAGAAUAUUUAAAAAUGAAAAUAACGAAGCUAAAACAUGACAUUGAUUCCAAAUCUCGUGGAUCGAUGCAGGACCUUACAGAUAAUGGAGACUUGUCGCAUAGGGAACUAGAACCGCUUUUAGAUGAUAGGAUAGAGAAUUUAAAACAUAGACUCAGAGUGGAAGCAGCUGUGGUGGAAGGUGCCAAAAAUGUUAUAAAACUUUUACAAAAUAACAAUAAGGAUAAGAAUGAGAAAAAGGCUCUUGUGGAGGCGCAAGAGAGUUUGAGGGCGAGUAGUAUGAAGUUAGACCUCUUGAAAAAAUCUUUGGAGAUGAGGAAGGCUGAACUACCAGACGAUUCCCCGGUGGCAAUACAUUUAAAAGAGGAACUCGCCAAUGCUCAAUCGUUCAGCCCUAUGUCUGUUCAUUACACAAGUUUUCAGUCUUUUCGAGAAGGUGGUGAAAGCGGUAAACAUUACACUUCUUCUUCGACAUUUAACAGAUGUGCAGCUGUGACGGGAACGUUGGAAGUGAGGCUGAUGGGCUGUCAAGAUCUUCUUGAGGAUGUUCCUGGGAGGUCACGAAAAGAAACUGAUGCUACUUCUAGUCCAAUAGAUUUGAGGUUCUUCAAAAAAACGGGUCGAAGCUCGUCCAAAAGCUACAGCAUCAAGGAAGAAGUCAGCGAUGAAAUCAUGGCCGUACUGAAAUUAGACAAUACCACUGUGGGUCAGACAAGUUGGAGACCAUGUUCUCAGCAAGCGUGGGAUCAAAGGUUCUCGAUAGAGUUAGAUAAAUCAAGAGAAUUAGAAAUUGGAGUUUACUGGAGAGACUGGAGAUCUCUUUGCGGUGUGAAGUUUCUAAAAUUAGAGGAGUUCAUAGAUGAUGAGAGGCAUGGCAUGGCUCUACAUUUGGAACCUCGGGGGCUACUAUUUGCUGAGAUCAAAUUUUUGAAUCCAAUGAUUUCCAAGAGGCCCAAACUUCAGAGACAGAAGAGAAUUUUCAAACAAGGUUUGCCCAGGGCUAAACAGAUGAAUAUCAAUAUUGUGACCUGGGGAAGAUGGAUGAAGCAAGCUUCAAGGAUGCCUAGUAGGCAGAAUUUGGUCUUGAGUUCUACUGAAAACAUUUCUGACGAUUUGGUUAUUGAAGACAAACCAGAGACACCAGGUGAGACACCUGAUCCUCAGGCAGGCGGUCUUGGGGGCCAAAGGCCUUUGGGACUAGUUAUUGAUAUGACACCUCAAGACUCAACAUCUCCUGCCAUACCACCUGUUCCUCCACCAGUAGCAAAGAAGAGGAUGGCAGUUACACCCCCGCCCGUUCCACCUCGACUUGAUCCUGAAAGUGUGGCAGCACUGAAGGAAUUUGAUUUUCUGGAGGAACAGGAGAUGUCUAGACCAGGACCUCUUCUGAUUCCUUCAGCACCUUCUACGCCUAUAGUUCCUCCCGAACAGUUGGUACCACCUAGUCCCCAGCCUGUUAUAGAAUUUCCAGAUGAUGAGCCGCAGUAUGAUGCAGUAAACAUUAUGCGACGGGCACCUCCUAGAGAACCUUGCCAUAGAGACAGUGCCUACGAGUCCAAACGUCAAUCGCAGACUAUGACCGGAAUGACCAUCGACCAUUUCAGGCUGAUAAGCGUAUUGGGGCGUGGCCACUUCGGAAAAGUGAUCCUGUCGCAGUACAAAAACACCGGUGAAUAUUUCGCCGUCAAAGCUUUAAAGAAAGGCGAUAUUAUUGCCAGGGACGAGGUCGAGUCCUUACUGUCGGAGAAGCGAAUAUUCGAAGUUGCCAACUGCAUAAGACACCCGUUCCUAGUGAAUUUAUUUGCAUGCUUCCAAACCGAAGCUCACGUUUGUUUCGUGAUGGAGUAUGCUGCGGGGGGAGAUCUGAUGAUGCACAUUCACGCUGAUGUAUUCAGCGAACCCAGAGCUGUGUUCUAUGCUGCCUGCGUUGUCUUAGGAUUGCAAUACUUACAUGAGAACAAAAUAAUUUACAGAGACUUGAAGUUGGACAAUUUGCUUCUGGAUACUGAAGGAUAUGUGAAGAUAGCAGAUUUCGGUCUAUGUAAAGAAGGGAUGGGUUUCGGUGAUCGAACCGGUACGUUUUGUGGAACGCCGGAAUUUUUGGCUCCUGAAGUUUUAACCGAAACUUCGUAUACUAGAGCUGUCGACUGGUGGGGACUUGGAGUGUUGAUAUUCGAAAUGCUUGUUGGUGAGUCGCCAUUCCCUGGGGAUGAUGAAGAGGAAGUAUUUGAUUCAAUUGUAAAUGACGAAGUUCGGUACCCUAGGUUCCUAUCACUGGAAUCUAUUGCCAUAAUGAGAAGGUUACUCCGUAAGAGUCCUGAUAGAAGGUUGGGUUCAAGUGAACGAGAUGCUGAAGACGUGAAGAAACAGGCAUUCUUCAGACAUAUACAAUGGGAAGAAUUGCUUCAUCGACGGAUACCACCACCGUUCGUACCAACAGUGAAUUCAAUGGAAGAUGUCAGCAAUUUCGAUGAAGAAUUCACCUCGGAAAGGCCACAGCUCACACCGCCAAAGGAGCCGAGGCACCUGUCUGGCCAAGAUCAAAACUUGUUUAGAGAUUUCACCUACAUUGCUGACUGGUGCUGACAGUAGUAUUGGUAUUCGAAAUGGACAAAAAUCUAUUCAUUUUGAUGAAGUUUUAUUAACAAUUAUAGUUUUUAUUUUACCUAAAGACUCUUGAAUGUUGUUGAGGAGAAAGUAUAUAUAUGAAUAUUUUAUAACAAGUUUAAGCAUGACUAGAUAGUAUAUCGAAUUAAUUCCUAUAAAAUAAGCCCGAUGAACAAAAGUGAUAUUUUACUGAGUGUGCAUUAACACUGUUUAUGCUCCAAAGCCUUGUUGCAAUUGAGGAAAUUAAAGAAGUAUGUUUGCA